GGCAAUCAGGAUUCCAACCGUGAAUCACCCGACGGAGACGGCUGUCAUCAAGCUCAAUGACAAAUUUCUGUUUGACGUGGAUAGUGAUAAAGUAUCAGGCCUUAUCUUUAUUGACUUCAAAAAGGUCUUUGACCUGGUAAGCCAUACUGAAGUUCCAUUAGUUAAGAUUGGAAUACAUGGCCGAACUGUUCGAACUGUCAAGUUUUCCCAUAUAUUAGAGAAUAUCAGGCAGGAUAUCACAAAGGAUCAGCUGACUGAAGUGCCAAUUUCUCCGGAGUGCAGAUUAGCAAUAUGUCUUUAUCGGCUUGGGAGGGGUGAUUACCUGUACACAAUAGCAGAAUUGUUUGGCGUUGGGCUAGCAACUGUGGAUGUCAUUGUUAAGGAAGUCUGCGUGCCAAUCGUUAAAAACUUAUGGAGGAGGGCAGUGACAAAUCAUUUCCCAACUUCUGAGCAGGAUUUUACAGAAGCCAUGGUAGACAUGAACCAGCUUUGGCAAUUUCCUUGCUGUUGGGGAGCAAUUGAUGGUUGCCACAUCGCAAUUCAGUGCCCACCUGGUGGAGAGGAAGCUUGUAAAGAGUACCAUAACUUUAAAAACUUAUUCUCUAUUGUUAUGAUGGCCAUUGUCGAUGCUGCGGCAAGAUUCAUGUGUGUCAGCGUAGGUUUUCCAGGUAAUUCACAUGCCUCAAUUAUUUUUCAGUCUACACAGCUAUGGAGUGAUAUCACGGAAAAGAAAGCGAUCCCUGAAAUAUCACAGAACAUUCAAGGAACAGACAUUUAUCCUAUGAUUCUAGGGGAUUCGGCUCUCCCUUUUCGUAUUUGGUUGAUGAAACCUUACUCCAAUGCUGUUCUGAGUGCUGAACAGCGCUAUUUCAACUACCGCCUUAGCAGGGCAAGGAUGGUUUCAGAAAGAGCUUUUGGCCAGCUGAAGAGUCGAUGGAGAGUUUUCUACCGUAAGUCAUCUUGUCAACCUGAUGCCAUUAAAUGCCUUACAUUAGCAUGUGUUGUUCUUCACAAUGUUUGUAUAGACAUGGGUGAUUCCCUACCAUCACAGUUAGACAUAACAGAGCAUCCAGCACAACAUGGGAGAAGAAGCAGGAAGGAGGUCAGAGAACUGUUUAUGAUAAGAAACUGCACCAUGAAGAGGGAUAAAUCACAUCAUGCAGAAGAGAUAAGAAAAGCACUUCUCGACAAAUUUUGGGAAGAGAAAGAAGGGCAGUAA